CUCACAACCACUACUAUGCCAUCCCUUCUCCUGGUUGUAUUUGUAGUACAACUCCUUCUCCACAUCAUCAACACUGUGGGUGCCAAUACGAUCAACCAAGUGCUAUGGAUCCUCUAUACCAAAUUCCCCACGCGAACCUCCUCCUCCACUGCUAAAGCCAGCACUCUGAAACGAGAAAUCGUGCGCCUAAAACGCGAACUCAACGCCGUCUCCGCACAAGAUGACUUCGCGAGAUGGGCGAAGCUGCGACGAGAGCACGACAAAGCUCUAUCCGAGUUCGAGAAAAUAGAUGGCUCCCUCCGCGCCCACCAAACCACCUUCUUCAGCUCAAUCUCCACGCUUCGUUGGCUCUCAACCACCGGCCUCCGCUUUGCCCUGCAAUUCUGGCAUUCGAAGACGCCAAUGUUUUGGAUUCCCGAGAGAUGGGUGCCAGGGUAUGUGGAAUGGAUAUUGAGUUUUCCCCGCGCGCCCGUUGGAAGCGUCAGCAUCAACGUCUGGGGCCUUGCAUGUGCGAGCAUUAUCGAGCUUCUCGCCGAGGCUAUGACGGCGACGUAUAUGCUAGUUACUCGGGCGCCCCCCGCGAUGGGAGAGCCUAUGACGCACAAAGCUGAGCCAGUGAAGGAGGGCAAGAAGGAAUUGUAGCUUAGCACUUUACACGACACGGGGGGGAAAUCCCUCCCAUCAACCCUCUCAUUGCAUGGGAAUGCUAUGAGGUAGGGUAUUCACGACGUAAACGAACAAAUAUUACUUAGCCAUGCA